CGGUGUCCGGUGGCGGUUCGGUCGCGCUCGAUAGACGGGAGAGGGGUUUCGAAACCGUCAUCGCUCGCGCGCCGCGACGCGAUCGAGUGCAUGCCCUCGGAGCCGGCUCGAGGUUCGCAGGGGAAAGACCUCGAGCGCGUUGUCGACUCACCCCCGACGAAGAGACGGUGAGCCCCGCCGGGGACCCGGAGCCAUGGGGUGCGCGUCGCAGUGUGCCAAGUACUUCCUCUGCUUCUUCAACUUCGUCUUCUUCGUCGCCGGGGGAGCGGCGCUCGCCGUGGGGAUAUGGCUGGUGGCCGACCGGAGCUCCUUCGCCAACCUCGUCGGCAAGGUCGACCAGACCGACGUGCUGACCAAGACGGAUGCGGACGUUAUCAGGAUGAUCGCCUAUAUCCUGAUAGUGGCGGGAACGCUGACGUUCGUUGUCAGCUUUCUGGGAUAUUGCGGAGCCAUGUUCGAGUCUAGGUGUCUCCUCUGCGUCUACGGCGUUCUGAUUCUGGUGGUCCUGGUCCUGGAGUGCGUCGUCGUUGGUCUUGCCUUCGGACUGAAUGAAGACGCUGGAGAGGCUACGAGGGACAUCCUCAAAUCCACCAUCAAGUAUUACGCCGGAAACGCGGAUCAGGCCGAAACGGUGACCGUCACCUGGGACGGCAUCAUGACGCAGCUUCACUGUUGCGGGGUGGAGAGCUACUUGGACUUUCGCGAAAGCGCCAAUUGGACCGCGACUGGGAAAUUGGUCCCCGAAGCCUGCUGUAUAAAGGAAAACGGAGUCCCGAAGGAGCCCUCCUGCCCCCUCAGCCCGACGGAGGCGAACUCAUAUUACAAGACGGGAUGUUACAAGGCGAUAGUGGAUGCUAUCGCGGAAAAUGCGGCGAUAGCGAUCGGAGUGGCAGCUGGAUUGGUCCUCGUGGAAAUCUUGGUGACAGUGUUGGCACUGUACUUGGCAUGCUGCUAUUGGCGUCCUCAACAUGUUUAUCGAUGCGUAGAGCCGUCUUUCAAGGAGUAAUACGUCACGCUCGGAUCAAAUUAAGCCGGGGCUCGACUUUCGAGGAUCUCUUCGAAAGAGAGAGAAAAAUAGAAAAAAAAAAAAAUACAGCAAAAGCGCAAUGAACGAAGUACGAUUUACGUUACGAUUACAUAGAGGUGGUUUACUGGCACGUUCAUCCUAGUACGAAUCUUCGGUGGACCGGCUACGCACCUUGGAUCGAGAAAAAUGAUCGCAGGCGAUGUGCCGCGAGUUGUUAGAAGCGUUGCAUCGCUUGCACGGAUCUUCCAGCUCCGUUAGAUUCUCUUCCACUCGUCGUUCGAGCGAGUAUCCGCGUUGAGGGGGAAAAAAAAAAGGUUAUUUCUUUACCCUCCAGCCGACUCGGUUCUUCGGGGUGAUCCCGAGUCUUCGGAAGUCCCUUAUUGACCCCUCAUAUUUUGUACAAUAUAUUUUUUUCUCAACGGGUCUAAACCGGUCCCUUUUACAAAGAUCCUGAAAAAUCCGAUGGACUUUAUAAGGAAAAGGAAAUCAUUUUCGAGCAUGCAAAAUGGGUUUUCCGGAAACUCUUCUCUCAAGCGAAUGUUUCCCUCGCACGGUUUUAACUCAGCCUCUCCGUUGACGUUGCUUCUCGAUAUGUAUCAUUGACAAAAGGCGUAUUCUCUUCUAGCUUGUGUAGACGUGUCUUCGAGGCAGGCCUGGUGAGGCGAUACGGUGGUGGUGAAAAGUGAGGAUGAUAUGGUGGGGGUUCGGUGUGUCAAGUAAGAAUUAGGUGGAGGUGUCAAUUGACGGUUGACCUCGCCUCUCGGCUGGUAGCUUUGCUCGGUUGUCACCUUCGGAAGAGGAGAACUCCAUAGCACGGGGCAUGGCGGCUUCUACGUGCAUGACGGUUAAGCGCACUUUUUGCCAAUUACUUUUUCUCCUUUUAAUUACUUUACUUUCGGCUCGUGCUUCGCGGAGGAUAAUUUUUCUUUUCGAGCGGAAGCUCUUCGAGCAUCCGUGAGUCGUCGUAAAAAUUGUCCUUCGCGAAGCCGGAACAAAAUACAUUGGCACAAGCUGUCGCAAAAUUGUCAGCCCGGACGAGAGCAAUUUAUCGCUCGGCCGAUAGGAACGAACGUGCAUGAAAACGUUGUCGAUAUUAACUAUCCCCGACGCGGUUCAAUUAUACCGAUCAAUUCGCACGAGGGUACGCGCUGGUCAGUUACGUCAAGAUUCGUUGCACAACCUGCUCGUUGGAUCGCUAUCGUUAAUUUGCAUUAGCACUCGGCCGGCGUGUCGGUCACGUCUGGAAAUCCCUGUAAGACUCGUUACUUCGAGUACGAAGUAUCGAAAACGAAUCACUUAACGGGUAUAAUUAGACCCUGACGAACGUGGCACUACCGACAAGGUAAAGCUUCUCAACGACGCGUAUUUUUCCACUCUUGACCACUUGUGCCAAUGCACGCGAAUCGAUACUCCUAAGCGCAGGAAAAGGUUCACGCUCUAGAAACGUCGAAUUUUCUUCCGAUCUUCCGUGAAAGGACGAGAACCGUGAAUGUCGUCUGUCCGUUUGGCGGCAAAACUGAGUUAAUAAUUAAAGAAAAUGCUAAGAAUGAUCAGCGAAAGCGCGAGUUUCGGGGUAGGAGGAAUCGCGGAUCGUUCUUUUUUUCCCCCUUAUUCGCGUUGACGUUCAUGCCUUACACUUUAGUUGUUUUCGUUCCAGUGUUAACUUGUUGGUGCUGCUGCUGACGAGGCACUAAGAGCAUGGAACCGUUGAGUAGAGCCUCCUAGCAUAUUCGCACGUUGAGCCCGUAGAGCUUGCUUGAAAGUCCAUGCCUAGGCUUCCCGAGGCUGGUCGAAGCCGAAGACGAGACCCGUCCUCCUCUUUUCCAUUAAUCGUUAAACCAACUUUCCGAGAUGGAAAGCGCGCGAUAAGGCACCGCCGGCUGCUUCCAGCCUGAGAUUACGAAGAAAGCGUCAUUUAAUCGCCGAUGGCUCCGAAGCAGGGUACAUGCAAUCUUUCGAUUUAUUUCGAAGCGUUCGUUCGACCGGCGAAAGAUAAAUUAAUCUUGCUUUAUAUCGAUUUGAAGCGAGAAUCCACCGAUUAGUCGGUGUUCCAUCGGUAGCGUAGAGACGCGAUGGAUAAAUGUAAAGUAAAGAUUUAUAUGAACUCUGCUCUCCGAAGUCGGUUUCGGGCAAAAAGUCUCUCUUGCUGUCGAUUUUUGUUUCUCGUGGGAAACUUCGCGUUCCUCGGCUGCGCCACCUUCUCUCGUCCCUCUCGUCGCUUUGGUGGUUCUUUGAGACCGUUUCUGCCGUUUCCAAUCUUUCCAAUUUUCAAUCACCCCCCGGAAAGGGCUUUUUCGGGUUGGUACGUCCCGUUGAAUAUCUCUAUAUCGAGAACUCUCGCGUAAAUUCCGUGGAUUUUGGUUUUGGACGUCGACCUCUAAAGAGCGGCGCAGCCGAGUCCGAAGAUUUCGUUAAAUUUCGAGAACGAAGCGGAGGACGGAUUUUCAAAAAAUGAAAUUUCGAGACUCCGUGAUUUACCUAACCGCUCGCAGAAACCAUGAAGUCUCGUUGUCUGUCUUAUACAGAGAUAAGUUUACAGUUUAUUGAGCGCUUAUUUUCUAUACUAUUUAACCUUCGUUAUUAAUUUUGUUAUAGGUUAAUUACGCAACAACCAACAAAUAACGGGGAGCUUUUCUUUAGGGUCGUUCGAAAGUUUUCGGGUGAUGAGAAAACGAUUUGACGAAUCCAAAAUCGACACCCGACAAUUUUAAGAAUUGCUGGAGAACGGUUGUCCUUGUUAUUUGUGGUUGUCGCGAGUCGCUGAUACGCGAAAUUUUUUGAAAAUGCUUGUUUUCUUGUACUGUACAGUCCAGGAUAGGCUUUUAGCGUUAAUUCGCGCGAAUUUUCUCUCUGCAUUAUAAUGCGCACUAAGAUUGUAUUUAUUUUUAACUGUCCUCGCAGUAUUUGUCUUUGUACAGUGUAAGGCACCAAAUGAACGAUUUUUCGUCGUGUUUAAUUUCUCGAAAUAAGGAAAAAGAAAAAAAAGAAGUCUAAGAGACUAUUUCCGUUUUCCUUCGCUGGAGCUGAGCUCGGGGAGUUCCGGGAUUUCGAAAAUCGCUAAAAGAUGAACUUUUAGCUGACCUCUCUGGUUUCGCGAGAUUUUCUCGAAAAAAAAAAUUCUCUCGGCUUAAAUUUAAAAUUGAGCUCUUGUUUUACACAACCGACAACGAAAAUUUAGUAAACUCAAUUUUGAGCUCGGUCGAGUCUGCCGUUGAUUUGUUGCUCGGUAUUUCGGAAAGGUCAGAUUUUUGUUAAUAGCUCAUCGUAACAAGAUCCGCGAGGAAAACCGGGCUUUCGCGGUCAAUCACGGCGAAUGUUAUAAUUUUUUGUUAAGCUCCUCGAAGAAAUUUCCGCCGAGUCGUUCAUCCGGAUAAGGUGUACAGAUCGCCAGAUAUUCGUUUACGGAAGGUAUUUCCGUAAAGCCGGCGAUUCACUAAGGAUAGACUGUGAAACGAGAACUGGACAGUUGGCGUUGAUAUUAACUCUAAUUUAUUAUUUAAGUCCGAAAAGUUACUGUCCGUUAAUCAAUCGCUUUCGUACGAGGUCGCGCACAGAAUUUUUUCUCAAAAAGGGCAACCCUCUCGGUCUAACUCGAGAAACCACGAUCGGGGAUGGGUAAAAGACUGUUUCGAGUGGAUAUUUUGUUGUUUAUUUAGAGGAAAAAAAUGGAAAUACUAUUUCAGAGGAACGGUACUUUACCCAUAUCCGACAUUCGAUGUACCAAGUUGGGGUAUAUCGAAUCGUAAUCAGGGAAACGCGCUGCGUACUGUAUUCACAUUUCUAUACAGAGACUGAUAUAUACCUGACCUAAUAAAAAUGUAUAUACUUGACCCGCGAUUAUCGAUAUACGGUUAUACAUUGCGAAAUGCAUUAAUACUAUAAUUAUACCUUAAUUCGUCUACUAUAAUUACAUUUAACGGUAACGUGUCGCAGUAGCAUUGAUUUGUUAAGAUUAUUGAAUGUUUUUUGUAAAAACUGUACACACGGAUUUAAAAUUAAAAAGUUUUAUAUUA